UGUGUAUGUUUAUUUAGUUACGGCUUGUAAUGUGUGGAACGUAACAUAAAGAUCCUUACGCAAAUGCGUCUUUUGGCGCGCUUACCGCACGACAAUCGCCUAACAAAAUUUUCGUUGCACUUUUGGUUACAGUCGGGUUUAUUUGGACGCAGAUCAUUUCACAAUCCAGAUUUAUGCCAAAAUGACGCCACCCGUUGUAAGAAAUAUUGCAGACGAUGAUUCCAUAAAUGUAACAAUUAAUGGAACCAAAUACAAAGUGCCGAAAACGUUUUCCGAAGUCACUCUGAAUGACUACCUUCGGUGUCACUUGUUGCUAUCCGGAACCAAAGUGUGCUGCCGGGAAGGAGGAUGCGGUGCCUGCGUUGUCAAUGUGGCGCAUCCAGAUCCUAAUGCGCCGACACAAAUGAUAUCGCGAGCGAUCAAUUCGUGUCUGUGUCCCGUACUCUCCUGCGACGGAUGGGAGGUUACAACCGUCGAGGGCAUCGGUGACCAGAAAAAUCCUCAUCCCAUUCAGCAGCGCUUGACGGAGCAUUACGGAACACAAUGCGGAUACUGCACCCCCGGAAUGGUUAUGAGCAUGUACAGUCUUCUGCAAAGCACUCCCGGAAAUAAACCGUCUAAAGAAGAAGUCGAAACUUCCAUUGGCGGGAAUAUUUGUCGCUGCACCGGUUAUCGCCCAAUCAUGGAUGCAUUCAAGACCUUUGCAAAAGACGGCCUACUGGACGUAGAAGAAUCAAAUCGUACAAUGUGCUUGGUCACUGGGCACACAUGCAGCGCCGGAUGCCACCGCAAUAAAAAGCCAUCUUACGUGAAACCUUUACCGGCUUCAGUCCAGGAUGUGGCGCCUACUUGGCACAAUCCAAAAAGUUUGGAUGACCUUUACCAAUUGCUACCGCAGUUAGCUAACCAGAAUCCGUACUACCUCGUUGGUCGCACCGGAAUCGGUGUGUACAACGACGCACCUUACGGCGUCUACGUUGACCUUAAAGGCAUCAACGAUCUGUACGCCAUAACGGCCACCAAAACGACCUUCUCUAUUGGAGCAGCUAUUGUUCUGACGGAUGUGAUCAAUCUCUUUGAACAACAGAGCAGAAACGAUGGAUUCCAACAUCUGAAAGUUCUAGCUGGACUGAUUCGCCGAACAGCCCAGCCACCUGUCCGUAAUGCGGGGUCGUGGGGCGGUAACCUGGCGAUGAAGCACCGGCACCAGGAUUUUCCUUCGGAAACAUACCUUGCUCUUACGAUUGCCAACGCGAUGAUAGUUCUAGGGCCCGACGGGAAGAAAUUAUCUGUGCCAGAAUUUCUUAAAGAAAAUCUGGAUGGAAAGAUUAUUUUACGAGCUGAACUACCAUCUUUUGGAAAAGAUUAUUUAUUUACGGCCUAUAAAGUGAUGCCGCGGUAUCAGAAUGCUCAUGCUCUAGUUAACACCGGAUUUCGAGCCAAAAUUGACAAAGGGCAAGCGGGACAAUUCACAAUUGCUGAAAAGCCGAUUUUAGCGUUCGGGAAUAUUUCUCCAGCUUUUACUCGAGCUGACAAAACUGAAUCAUGGUUGGUUGGAAAAAAUCUGGGCGACGCAGGCAUUCUGCAACAAGCACUCACUUCGUUAAGCCAAGAAAUCCAACCGGAAGAUGUCCCAGGCGAAUCUUCCCCGGCAUUCAGACGAUCACUUGCGCUAUCACUAUUUUACAAGUUUGCAUUAGAGGCCACCGGAAACACUGCUGCAGAACGUUACCGCAGCGCAGUUGGCUAUUUGCUCCGUCCCGUGUCGAGGGGCCUGCAAACAUAUCCGACGAAAAAAGAAAACUGGCCUCUAACUCAACCCAUUCCUAAAAUCGAAUCCUUGGCGCAGUGUACGGGGGAAGCCAAGUUCAUCAGCGAUAUCGAGCAAGAAGGCAUGCUACACGCGGCGUUCGUGUUGACGGAACAGGCCAAUGCGUCCAUCUACCGCAUCGACGCUUCUGACGCAAUGGCUUUACCGGGAGUAAUUCGAGUUCUUACUGCCGCCGACAUUACUGGGAAGAACGAUAUUAACCCGAAUAAUCCCUUGGCAAUGCCCGAGCAGCUCUUCGCGGACAGUCAGAUUGCGUACGCUGGUCAACCUGUUGCAGUAGUAGUGGCGGAAACCAAGAUUCUUGCGGAGUCAGGCGCGAAACUGGUCAAAACUGAAUACAGCAACGUACAACCGCCGUUACUAACGUGUCAAGAUGCUAUCCAAGCGAAAUCUUUCCACGAUAAACCGGCAGUUAUUAGCGUUGGUGAUGCCGAAACUGCUGUUAAAAAUGCUCCUAACAAAGUCUCUGGAGACUUCGAAAUUGGCAUGCAAACGCACUAUCACAUGGAAACGAUGACGGCAGUAGCUACCGCAACGGAAGAUGGAAUAAAUGUUGAGGCCGGUACACAAUGGUUGGAUUACACGCAAAAUGGCAUUGCCCAAAUUCUGGGAAUCAAUAAAAGCCGAAUCAAUGCAACAGUCCGACGAAAUGGUGGUGGGUUCGGCGCGAAAAUAUUGCGAAAUCUCCCCUUUGCGGCUGCUGCUUCAUUGGCGACUUGGAUACUGAAACGACCAGUGAAAAUGCACGUUUCUCUUUGGGAUCAAUCAAAAUUCGUUGGAAAACGAUUCCCUUAUUAUGGAAAAUAUACCGUCGGUGUUGAUGCACAAGGGAAACUUUUGGGCGUUGUCUGUGAAGUGUACUGCAAUUGCGGUUCACUUGCGCUUCUGGUGCCCACGCAGGUGUGGAGGGAAUUCGGAGAUAACGCUUACAAAAGCCCAACAUGGAAGUUUACUACUUAUAACUGCAAAACUAACCUGCCGCCAAAUACAGCCACGCGUUCCCCAGGAAGUACGGAAGCGAUUUUCUUUAUUGAGUACAUGCUAGAACAUGUGGCCAACGUUCUCAAGAAGCCAGCAAUCGCGAUCAAACAACUGAAUCUGUAUAAGGAUGGCGACAAGACAUUAGCCGGUGAUGUUUUAAAAUACUGUCUUAUGGCAUCCGUAACGGAGCAGCUCCUUAAAUCCUCCGAAUACCAGAAGCGAACAAAUGAUAUUGUGCAGUUUAAUAAAUCCAACCGGUGGAGAAAACGUGGACUGGCGAUGGUGCCCAUGCGUUUUCCUUGCAGCUAUAUGUUUGGGAUGUUCAACGUUUUGGUGGUUAUUUACCACGACGAUGGUUCCGUUGCCGUCACGCACGGUGGUAUAGAAAUUGGUCAAGGCAUCAACACAAAGGUGGCGCAAGUCGUUGCAUAUGAACUUGGAAUUGAUUUGGCGAGUGUCACUAUUCAACCAACUGCCACAAUAACCAAUGGCAAUGGUGGACCGACUGGAGGGAGCACAUCGAGCGAACUUUGCUGUUUGGGAGCAAUAAAUUGCUGUACUGAACUCAAGCAGAGGAUGCAACCCGUGAAGGAUAAACUCGGACCCAAUGCAUCCUGGAAGCAGAUUGUGGAAGCCUGCUGGAUGUCGAACAUAGAUAUGUCGGCUCGGGCUUGGGUGGCGCCCUCAGGAUUCAUGCCGGUACCCGCUGUUUACCAUACCUAUGGAGCAAUGAGCACGGAAGUAGAAGUGGACAUCCUUACGGGAGAAUAUCAGAUUAAUCGCGUGGAUAUUCUCUACGAUUGCGGAGAAUCUAUGUCGCCGUUCGUUGAUAUCGGGCAGGUGGAAGGAGCAGCGGUUCAGGGGUUCGGUUAUUUUACUUCUGAAGAAGUGAUUUUUGAUAAAAAUACUGGAAUGAACUUGACCCCGGGCACAUGGAAAUACAAGCCCCCGACGAACAAGGACAUCCCAAUUGACUACCGCAUAGAAAUAUUGCAGAACGCGCCGAAUCCCAGCGGCAUUCUACGUGGCAAAAUUGUCGGAGAGCCACCUUUGUGUAUGUCCUGCUCAGUCGUCUUCGCUUUGCGGAAUGCCAUUGCUAGCCAUUUAACGGAUCAAGGACAACCAGACCAAUGGUUCCGCAUAGAUACUCCCAUGACCGUGGAAAGGGUGCAACAACUGGGAAACAUUUCAGUGGAACAGCUGCGAUAUAAGGAUUGAAUGUGGAAUACAACUGAUAAAAACAACGUUUAGAGGCACGAAAGUGCUGGCAUAAGCAUUAUCUAAUCAAGGUGACAUUUUUUCGUUGUUUGUUGUAAAACCGUUAGUAAAAAAAUGGCAUUUGUUCGGAAGCUCAUAAACACGUUUUGAUGGUUGUGGGCCUUUUAAUUCGAACAGGUUUGAAGGACCAAUUUCAGACCGGCAUACGCCAUACGGUAGAUGCAGAGUAUCUAUACAGUAUGAUGGUAAUUGUAUCUGUCCAUUCGCCCGUGUUAGUGGCUUUUAAAAAUUUGCGGCGGCUUUUGCGUGGGUUCAGCAGAUUAGCCACUCCUCGGUCGUUUGUUUCAUGAUAUGGUUUUACACUUUUAUUUAUCGUUAUUAAAUCAGUGGUCGUGGAAUCG